UAAACCAACUAAAAUCAACAUGUACAAAUUUGUCGUUGUUUUGGCCUUUGUAGCUUUCGCCUCUGCCCAACACCAUGGAUUUGGUGGUCACUCUGUCUCUCAUGUCUCUGGCGAAGAUGCUCAUGCUGAAAUUAAAUCUUUAGAUUCUGAAGUACUUCCCGAUGGUUUCCAUUAUGCUUACGAGACCAGCAAUCAUAUUAAAGCUGUCGCCAGUGGUGAUGAACAUGGCAAUAUGCGUGGUGAUUUUGAAUGGGUUUCUCCAGAAGGUGAACAUAUUGCUGUUAAAUAUGUUGCUGAUGAAUACGGUUAUCAACCAAGCAGUGAUGUUUUACCCACACCACCACCAAUUCCUGGUGCCAUCUUGAAGGCUUUGGAAUACAUUCGCUCUCAUCCUGCUCAUGAAGAACAUCAUGGCAGAUUUUAGAUAAGAUGUUUUCUUUUUAUUUAGAAAAUAUUAAGUUUUCUAUAUUUUCUUUAGCGAAAAUUUGAGAAAAUAUUUAAUAAAAAAAUU